CUGUGCGGCCUGCGCCGGAACCCCGCCUCCCUGGCCGGCUUCGUCCCGCCUCUGUCACGUGACGGCCUUUCUACCGGAGUCCAUCUGCCUGGCCAGACUGUAGAUAAGGGCUCUUGAUGCAAGCCUUUGUCCACUGCACCUCCCUUUGCUGCUCUAGAUAUCCAUAGUUGCUACCUGCUUUGAUACCUUUUCUCAGUACCUUUCAUCUGAGGAUCUAGACAAAGAGUUUCUGGGAGGCAUGUCUAGUACAUGUUCUUUAUCCCAGUUUUAUACAUGGAGAAACUCAGGCAUAGAGAACUGAAGCAACUAACCAAGACCACCCAGCAAGUCAGUAUAAGAUGUGGAAGUAGAACCUGCUUCUCCUGACUUCCAGGCCCAUGGACUAUCCACAAGACUGCACUACAUAAUAUCACUAAUAAUGCCAUCAAGCUAAUAACACAAUUCGACUAACUCUGUCUCAGUCCAACAAAGUGGCAUUUGAGAACUCAUUGAAAUUGCUUUUAAAAAAAACAAGUACUGCUUUUAUGAUUAUAGUUGUUCUAUUGCCAUAGUCUGACCACCACAGCAGGACUGGUUUGUCAUUUCAAUUUUACUAAUGCCACAAGGUCUGCUUCUUGGAGACGAAUUGCUUAGUGAUGUUAUCAGGCAUUAUAAAAUAUCUUAGCCGUUAAGUUACUGAUUAACACAGAUUCCUGCCUUAUAAAAACGUCAUUGUCAGAGAGUCACUAUUCAAACACACGUAACAGGAAUAAAACACUGUAUAAAGAGAGCCACAGAAUCAGCAAACACUUUAACUGAGCAAAGCAAAACUGCACCAAGAUCUCGCUCCAUGGAGGGAUCAAUUGACAAGCUACACAUUGAAAAUGAAUCAAGUUCUCCUGGACCAUCAGCUGCAGAGAUGGACAGACUGGGGUCCACAAAAGAAGCUGCAGACACAGACAGACUGGGGUCCAAUAAGGAAGAAGCUGCAGACAAGGAUUGUCCAGGCUCCUCUUCACCAUCAGCCACAGAACUGAACAAUCCAGAUGCCUCUAAACGAACAGCUUCAGAAAUGAACUGUCCACACUCAAUUAAGCCUCCAGAAACAGUAAUGGACUCUCCAGACUCCUGUAAAGUAUUAGUUUCAGAAAUGGACCACCAACGUUCAUCCAAAGCAUUAAUUGCAGAUAUGGACUGCCUAAUCUGCUUCAACAGGUACAACAUCUACAGGAGUCCUAAGCUCCUGGCUUGCCAACAUGCCUUCUGUGAAGUCUGCCUCAAGCUCAUCCUUCAGAACGAGGACAAUACCUGGAUGAUCACCUGCCCUCUGUGCAGAAAACCCACUGUUGUGUUUGGAGGGCUUAUCCGCACCCUUCUUGAUAAAGAAGAUAUCAUAGGCUAUUUGGAAAGCCCUUGUCCAAAUGAUGAGAUACACGUCUCUCCUGAAUGGCUACAUGACACCGGUGGUACUCAAUCCAGCUGUGCCACUAUCUUUGAAAACCAGGACAUUCCCAGUAUCAAUCAAACAGCUGUCCAAAGACUUGUGUUGCUCUUGCUGCUCAUGGUGAUCCUAAUCAUCCUCGUCCUCCCAUUUGUGUACACUGGACUGAUUAAAUGGGUCCUCUGUCUUGUGCUUAUGUUGGGGUUGAUCAUGUCUUUGGUGCUUUGCUGCAACCCUAAUUUCAAUUGCAGCUCUUUGGGGAUUUCAGUUCCCUCAAUCCACAAGAAAGAGAGCGAUGUCAUAGCCAUUGCCUGAAAAGACUGGUGGGUAUUAUAGAGACAGCAGACUGGAGUUCUUUGUAAGUUGCCAAAUGGGAAACCAUGGCUGGUCAUUACAAUGUAGAUCUUUAGCAACCACUGUUCUUAGAAUAAAUUCAAAACACAUCCUUAAAGUAUCCCAGUAAGGAGUAGCCACAACACACAGUAUUGCUUAAUUUUAUUAUCUGACCUAGUGAAACAUUUGUAUUUAAUAUUUUUGAUAUGGGAGAUACAAUUAAUAAGGAUUUUCCUUGUUUGGGUUUUGUUUGUUCUGGCGUAUUGCAUUUUGACUUGUACUGCAGAAUGUUUAUUAUAUGAAAUGCUUAUCAGGUGGCUUCCUGGGAAGACCAGUAUAACAUCUGCCAGUGUGUUUGUAGAUACUCUUCUUAGCUUGUGUAUAUUUGUUCUUGGUAGAAAGUCCUGGGAUAAAGUUAAAAACAACCAUAAAGACAAUGCUCUCGGUGGGCACAUUGAGUCUGUUUUUUAAGUAGGGUUUCUGGUAUGUAGAAUUUCUCAAUAGCCUUAAUGGAGACUCUCCUGUGUUCUUUACCAAGCAAAUGGUUCCACUUACUUGAACAAAGAACACUAACCCGAAUAUGAAUUUCUCACUGUUCAGUCUCAUACCUGCCCCACCUCUCCUCUUGUCCUCUUCACAUAAAGCCUAGAGCACUGGUUCUCAAAGCCGGUACGCUGCUUGUUCAGGGAAAGCCCCUCGGGGGCCGGACCAGUUUGU